UUGAGACACCUGGGUGUGUCCCUGGAAGGUGCCAAGUGUUUGUGAGUCUGUGAGGAUCAGUGAUGUGUUGCACAGGAGGACUCAACCUGAACCUGCCUGCGUCUCUCUCCUCUGUUUGACUCCUUUGUGGCUGAAUUCUCAGGGGAAAGUUAGUUGGUGGUUAAUUUCCCUGCUGUUGACUGUCCCCCCCUGACCAAGGUUUAAGCUUCAUUAUGGACCAGCCUGAAGGCGUCGAUGGGGGAACCCUCCCCUCUAGAACCUCUCCAUGUGGGGGACAUGACCAGACCAAAACUCAGAGCUCAGGGAAGCAGAGGAAGCGAGCGGCCUCCCCCGUCCCCAGCUGUGUGUCCAUGAAGAGCAGCGAGUCGAUGAAGCUACCUCUCACUUUUAAAAGACAGUCUUCUGAGACCGAACCAGAUCAUCCGCAGCAGAGAGCAGAGUCUCCUGCUGAGCCCAACUAUGUGUCCAUGAGGAGCAACAUGUCAAUGGAGAUACCUCUUGUUUUUCAAAUACACUCUCCUGAACUACAACAUAAGAAAGUUUGCAAUGGUCAGUGUGACCUGGAACAUCAAGCAGGCUUGGACUCCUUAUUUAUGCGGCUCGAGAACAACAUUGCUGUAUUUAUGAAGAACGAGCUGAAGAGGAUGCAGAAGAUUUUAACAUCGGGGUGUCCGGAUGACGGGGUGGUGACGUGCGGGGAGGAGGGAGACGAGGAUAUGAGGAGCGGCAGAGAGGCGUGUCGGAAAAUCGCGCUGCUCUUCCUGAGGAGGAUGAAGCAGGAGGGGCUGGCUGAGUCUCUGCACAGAAAUUUUCCUGCCAUGUGCCAGACUAAACUCAAGUCCAGUUUAAAGCAGAAGUACCAGUGCUUGUUUGAGGGGAAUGAUAAAACGGAGAAGCCCACCCUUCUGAACGAGAUCUACACAGAGCUCCACAUCACGGAGGGAGGCACCGGCGAGGUCAACGACGAACACGAGGUCAGACAGAUAGAAAUGGCCUCCAGGAAACACGCGAGACCCGAGAUGACGAUCAGAUGCGAGGAGAUCUUCCAAACGUUGCCAGGAAAAGCUCAGCCGUGCAGGACGGUGAUGACCAAGGGAGUCGCCGGUAUCGGGAAAACCGUCUUGACACAGAAGUUCACUCUGGACUGGGCGGAAGGCAAAACCAAUCAGGACAUUCAGUUCAUGUUUCCCUUCACUUUCCGAGAGCUGAAUUUGCUAAAAGGUCAAAAGUACAGCUUGGUGAAACUCGUUCACCGUUUCUUUGGUGAGACUAAAGACGCCGGAGUCUGCAGCUUUGACAGAUUCCAGGUCGUGUUCAUCUUCGACGGACUGGACGAGUGUCGAUUGCCUCUGGAUUUCGCCAACGCCGAGAUCCUGACUGAUGUCACAGAGUCCACCUCAGUGGACGUCUUGCUGACAAACCUCAUCAGGGGGGAGCUGCUUCCUUCCGCUCGACUCUGGAUAACCACGCGACCUGCCGCAGCCAAUCAGAUCCCUCCUGAGUGCGUUGACAUGGUGACAGAGGUGAGAGGGUUCACGGACCCACAGAAGGAGGAGUACUUCAGGAGGCGAUUCAGGGAUGAGGAGCAGGCCAGCGCGACCAUCUCCCACAUCAAGACGUCACGGAGCCUCCACAUCAUGUGCCACAUCCCCGUCUUCUGCUGGAUCACCGCUACAGUCCUGGAGGACGUGCUGAGAACCAGCGAGGGGAAAGAGCUGCCCAAGACCCUGACGGAGAUGUACAUCCACUUCCUGGUGGUCCAAGCCAACCUGUGGAGCUUCAAGUAUGGCGUAGGAGCCGGUGCAGAUCCCCACUGGAAUCCAGGGAGCAGGGAGAUGGUUUUGACUCUGGGGAAACUGGCUUUUGAGCAGCUACAGAAAGGAAACCUGAUUUUCUACGAAUCAGAUUUGAUGGAGUGCGGCAUCGACAUCACAGCGGCCUCCGUGUACUCAGGAUUGUUCACGCAGAUCUUCAAAGAGGAGAGGGGGCUCUCUGAGGACACGGUGUACUGUUUUGUCCAUCUGAGCAUUCAGGAGUUUCUCGCCGCUCUUUACGUCUUCCUCACUUUCAUUAACUCUGGCGUCAAUCCGCUGUCUCAAACGAAAACCUGGUGGUCUAAGCUGUUAAAGGACAAAUCCAAACUGUCAUAUCUCUUCCAAAUCGCCGUAGACGAGGCCUUACAGAGUCCAAAUGGCCACCUGGAUUUGUUCCUCCGCUUCCUCCUGGGCCUUUCACUGCAGACAAAUCAGAUUCUCCUCGGGGGGCUGAUGACACAGACGGCAUACAGCCCGCGCUCCAAUCAGGAAACAGUCGAGUACAUCAAGAGCACCAUCAGGAGGAAUCUCUCCCCAGAGAGGAGCAUCAAUCUGUUCCACUGCCUGAACGAGCUGAACGACCGCUCCCUGGUGGAGGAGAUCCAGCAGUACGUGAAUUCGGGCGCCCUCGCCACCGCCGACCUCUCUCCGGCUCAGUGGUCCGCUCUGGUCUUCAUCCUGCUGUCGUCAGCGGAGGAGAUCGACGUGUUUGACCUGAGGGAGUACUCGGCCUCAGAGGAGGGUCUCCUGAGGCUGCUGCCCGUGGUCAAAGCCUCCAACAAGUCUCUGCUGAGUGGCUGUAACCUGUCAGAGAAAAGCGGCGAAGGUCUGGCGUCAGUUCUCAGCUCCCACUCUUCCAAUCUGAGGGAGCUCGAUCUGACCAACAACGACCUGAAGGACUCGGGGGUGAAGCUUCUCUCUGCCGGACUGGAGGAUCCACGGUGUCGGCUGAAAAAGCUGAGGUUGAACCAGAACAACCUCACUGAGAUUUGCUGUCAGGGGUUUUCAUCUGUUCUCAGCUCCUCUUCUCUCCGAGACCUCGACUUGAGCUACAACGACCUGCAGGACUCGGGAGUGAAGCUGCUUUCUGCUGCACUGCAGAAUCCGCACUGUGCACUGGAAACACUCAGGCUGAUUGGCUGUAAGCUGUCAGAGAAAAGCUGUGAGUCUCUGACUUCAGGUCUCAGCUCCUGGACCCUGAGAGAGCUGGACCUGAGUAACAAUGACCUGCAGGAUUCAGGAGCGACGCUCUUGUCCACCGCGCUGCAGAGUCAGCUUCGUGGUCUGGAAACUCUGAGGUUGAUUCAAACUGGACUCACAGAAAAAUGCUGUCCGGAGUUCUCGACAGUUUUCAGCUCCGAGUCGUCCAGUCUGAGGAACCUGGACCUGAGUAACAACCACCUGCAGGAUUCAGGAGUGGAACUGCUUUCUGUGGGACUGGCGAGUCCACACUGUGCCCUCCAAACUCUCAGAUUAAAUCAAACCAACCUCACGGAGGGAUGCUGCCGCCACAUGUCAUCAGCCCUCAGCUCCCAGUCGUCCAGUCUGAAGGAGCUGGACGUCGGUAACAACCUCCUGCAGGACUCAGGAGUGGAGGUGCUGUCUGCAGGACUGCAGAGUCCAUGCUGCUCGCUGACAAGUCUCAGGCUCAGUGGCUGUAGCUUGUCAGGGAGGAGCUGCGAAGCUCUGGCCUCAGUGCUCGGCUCCCGCUCUUCUAAUCUGAAAGAGCUGGACCUUCACAACAACCACCUGCAGGACUCUGGAGUUAAACUGUUGUCUGCUGGACUGAAGAAUCCAGGAUGUGCACUGGAAACUCUCAGGUUGAAUCAAACAAGUCUCACAGCAAAAUGCUGUCAGGACGUGUCAUCAGUUCUAAUCAGUCUGAGAGAUCUGGACCUCAGCAACAACGACCUUCAGGACGCAGGAGUCAAAGUGCUCUGCGCUGCACUGAGGAGGGAACACUGCCGACUGGAAACGUUCAGGUUGUCUGGCUGCUUGAUCACAGAGGACGGCUGCACUUCUUUGGCGUCGGCUCUGAGGUCCAACCCGUCCCAGCUGAGAGAGCUGGACCUGAGCUACAACCAUCUGGGAGAGUCGGGAGUGAAGCUGCUCUGUGCUCCACAGGAGGGUCGAGGGUGCAGGCUGGACACUCUCAGUGUGGAUCAUGGUGGUGUUCAGUGCUUGAAAUCCGGUCUGCAUAAGUAUGUCUGUGAGCUCACGCUGGACCCAAACACAGCACACAAAAAUGUCCACCUGGCUGAGAACAACAGAAAAGUGAUGCUGGGGAUAGAGAAGAAGCCGUAUCUCGAUCACCCGGACAGAUUCGACUGGUGCUACCAGCUGCUGUGCACGGCCGGACUGGCCGGUCGCUGUUACUGGGAGGUCGACUGGGAGGCAGGCGUUGACAUCGGAGUGACUUACAAAGGACUCAGGCGGAGAGGAGCCCGUGACGGCAGCAGGCUCGGGUGGAACGAGAAGUCGUGGAGUUUGGAGUUGACUGAUAAAGGUUCCUACGCCUGGCACAAUAACAUAAGGACGCCGCUUCUCGCUUAUAGCCCGGCGGGUUCUAACAGAGUCGGAGUGUUUCUGGACUGGCCCGCUGGAGCGUUGUCCUUCUACAGCGUCACAUCAGACUCACUCAUCCACCUGUACACGUUCUACUGCGCGUUCACUGAGCCGCUCUACCCUGGAUUUGGCUUCUUGUCAUUGGAGUCAUCAGUGUCCUUGUGUUAGAAAAUGUAAUAAUUUCCUCAAAUAGCCUCCAUUUACCUUGAUUAUUUUAUAUAUAUAUAUAUAUAUUAUUAGAGUUUUUAAGAAGAGUUUAUUAAUCCUGAAGUGUUAAAAUAUUAAUUAAACACAGCAAAGCUUUUUGUAGCAGCAGACAGUGAUCACAUUACUUUUACAUAUGCACUUUUGUAUUGAUGGCUGUUUUUAUUGUCUUCAUUUUGUAUUUAUUAUUAUUAUUAUUAUUAUUAUUAUUAUUAUUGACUGGCCCUUGGGGACUUUAAAGCUUUUCUCACUUUACUGAAGCCACUGAUUCAUUAUUCAAACACUGAGCGUCAAAGAAAGAAAUCCGGGAUCACUAUAUAUUUAAAAGUAUUUAUUUGCAUAGUGCAUGAAAGUGUAUAUUCCAAACCUAUUAAUUAAAAUACAAUACAACAAUAGCUUUCUAUUAGAAAUAGAAAACAUAAAAAAAGUAUGCUCAAUAUUUAAGUGCACAAGGAAAACAACAAUACUGUUUAAUAUAGUAAAUACUUUUAUAAACGCAUUCUCACAAAUAUAAUAAUACAAAUUAUACAUCAUAAUACUACACCAUAAUACUACACAUUAUCAUUAUAUAUAUAUAUUAUGUAUAUAUUCAAAUGUUAUAUUUGUGAGCAUAUGUUUUUGACGUAUUUGUUAACAGCUUCGCCUGUGGAACAAUAUAAUAAAUGACAUUACAGCUGGUUAUAAUAAAAAGUAUAUAACUGGUGCAUAUUAGGAAAAACUUAAAAUGUGCUUAUUGCUGUUGCAGAUGUUAAAAAAAUGUGUGUAAACUGCUGAACAUUAUUGCAUAGUGGGAAGUGCAGUGGCACCAGAAAAUCUGAAUAUGGCCAUUUUAAAUAUAGGAGUCAUAUAUCCUUUGUAAUGUGAUAGACAGGAGUGAAACAACGCAAAUCCAAUGGGACAUAUACACAUGAUCUGACAUAUUUGGUGCUGUACACUACAGUGUGCUGUCUUACAGCAGUUUCAGUUAAUUCCAUUAAAAUUUGUAUUAAUGUUUAA